AUGUCCGCGGCGCACGAUGUCUUCGGCGGAACUGCGACCGACACCAUGGUCACGUCUGCGGCAGACGCAUUCUUCAGCACCUUCGAGCUCGUCGAGCACAUCAUGCUACGCCUCCCGCGCAAAGACAUCUACCAUCUCACACGAACUGCAAAGAUCUGCUAUAACGUCAGUAAGGAGUCGCCUCGCGUGCGGCGCGAACUCUACGGCGCAGCGGCUCCGUUGGACAAGCUCGCACCGUGGAUUCACAACGAUCUGGAGGUGCGCGACUACCAUGAUGAGGCGGCCACUCUACUCUACGAGCUUGACGUCGGCAUCACAUCUCCAAGCGGCUUCGAAGAUUUCCACGAAUUCAAGUACGAGACGUUAAGAGUCCCGGGCAUCGGCUUCAUCACAACAAAGCACAGACUCGUGCUGAACGGAAUCACGGAAUACGACUUGUAUCAGGACGGUGAAGAUUCGGACUACGGUGAAGAUUCGAACGACGGUAAAUAUUCGAGUGAGCUCGUGGCAAUGUCGCCAACUGACGCCUCAAAUCGGCUGCCAACCACAACACCGAUCCGAGCUGUGACAAUGUCCGCCAACGGGCUUGGCGACGACAAUAUCUGCUGUACAUUGUACAAUCCGGGAGGGCUCACGAUGAAGGAUCUGUACAAGGUUGCCGCCGCGAUCAUUGAUACGGAUAUGCUUUACAAUAAGUCUGAGCCGGAGCCCUGCGAGAACGUCGGAGUGGUCUGCUACUUCGAUAUGCUUCAGGUGACCAGGCGCUAUCCCAUCACCGACUCAUACACGAAGAAGACCAAGGCCAAGGUGUAUGUGGAAGGCGCGUAUUACAGCGCAGAGAGUCAGUGUCCCGGAAGCUUCCACAUGGGCUGA